CGGGCGCCUCCGGGCUAUAAAACAGGCGCCGGUCGCCGUUCGCGUUGCCGCCGCUGACCUUCGCGUCUCCUCCGUUGCCGGCCCCGCUCCCGUUCGUUCCAGCCAUGGCGCCCAGGAAGUUCUUCGUGGGGGGCAACUGGAAGAUGAACGGCGACAAGAAGAGCCUGGGCGAGCUCAUCCACACGCUGAAUAGCGCCAAGCUCUCCGCCGACACCGAGGUGGUUUGUGGAGCCCCUGCCAUCUACCUAGACUUUGCCCGCCAGAAGCUCGAUGCAAAGAUUGGAGUGGCAGCACAGAACUGUUACAAGGUACCAAAGGGAGCUUUCACAGGAGAGAUCAGCCCAGCAAUGAUCAAGGAUAUUGGAGCUGCAUGGGUGAUCCUAGGCCACUCGGAGCGAAGGCAUGUUUUUGGAGAGUCUGAUGAGUUGAUUGGGCAGAAGGUGGCUCAUGCUCUGGCUGAGGGCCUUGGAGUCAUUGCCUGUAUUGGAGAGAAGUUGGAUGAGAGAGAAGCUGGCAUAACAGAAAAGGUGGUUUUUGAACAGACCAAGGCUAUUGCUGAUAAUGUGAAGGACUGGGGUAAGGUGGUUCUUGCUUAUGAGCCAGUUUGGGCUAUUGGAACUGGUAAAACUGCAACUCCCCAACAGGCUCAGGAAGUUCAUGAGAAGCUGCGGGGGUGGCUGAAAAGCCACGUGUCUGAUGCUGUUGCUCAGUCAACUAGGAUUAUCUAUGGAGGCUCUGUCACUGGCAGCAACUGUAAGGAGCUGGCCUCUCAGCAUGAUGUGGAUGGCUUCCUUGUUGGUGGAGCUUCUCUCAAGCCAGAGUUCGUGGAUAUUAUCAAUGCCAAACACUGAAGCACCCCAUGAGGAGCUGUCCCUUGUGGUUAAGAAAUGGAAGCAAGAAGGGACCUUUUGUUGCACACGUCUCAGUACGGAGGCCUUCCCGAGGCUUUCCCCCUCCACAGUCAUUGUUGUAGAUGUUCUGCUAACCACCCCCACCACGUCAGAGUCCUGUUAGCAGGAGCCUGUCUCGGCAGAGUCUUGACAGUCUCCUCUCUGAGCUGAAUCCUCAUCCCUGUUCAGAGCCCACAGCCCACCUGGCCAGUAUUUCUCCCUUUCCCUGCAGCCCUGCAGGGAGAGGGGGCCGCUGGUGCUGUGGGGAGGAAAAAGGAACCACAGUCUUGCAUCCAUAAUUCAGUUCCAUCAGCAAGGAACCUGUCAGCUUAGAUCCUUGUGAGAUGUCUUACCUCACCUGUGUCCCGUACUGAACAAUAAAUGAAAAACAGAAAAAGCAAA